UCUCGCUUCCUUCCUUCAACCUCUUCGCUCUCUCUCUCUCUCUCUAUACACAAAGCAAAGCUAUCUCCUUCUCUCUCUCCACCUCCUCUGUUCAGACACAGAGCAUCACCAAAUCUCCAAACCUCUGUUCUGUCUCUUCGUCGCAAAUUCUGAAUUCGAAAUUUUAUAGAGACGCAACGGUUAAGAUUGGUGUAAUCAAUGGCUUCUCUCAUCUCUACAUGAUUCUGAAUCCAAUUCAAAUGGUGAGAUUCCAUCUCCGUUUCGCUCUCUUCAUCAUCAUCAUCUACAUCGUUUUCACAAAGCCGAAACUAAUCGCCGGAGAUUACAAUCCGCCGACACCUUCUCCGGCGCCGGAGCCUCAUCCGGAUGACGAAUCGUCCGUUUCAUGUGUCGAUGACUUAGGAGGCGUUGGCUCUCUGGAUUCCACGUGUAAGCUCGUCGCCGAUUUGAAUCUCACACGUGACUGUAACAUCUCCGGCAAGGGAAACCUCCACGUCUUACCCGGCGUUAGAUUGGUCUGUCAGUUUCCGGGAUGUUCGAUCACGGUCAACAUCUCCGGGAACUUCUCUUUGGCCGAGAACUCGACGGUUAUCGCCGGAGCCUUCCGUCUCGCGGCGGAGAACGCUGAUUUCGCGAUUGGCUCGGCGGUGGACACCACCGGAUUGGCUGGAGAGCCGCCGGAGGAGGCGAGCGGUACGCCGGUGGGAGUCGAAGGAGCCGGCGGGGGAUACGGCGGAAGAGGUGCAUGCUGCUUGGCCGAUACGACGGCGAAGGUUCCGGAGGAUGUGUGGGGCGGUGACGUGUACGGUUGGUCGUCUCUUGAGAAGCCGGAGGUUUAUGGGAGCAGAGGUGGAUCCACGAGCAAUGAGGUUGAUUACGGUGGAGGUGGCGGCGGAAAGGUGGCGGUGGAGGUGGUAGGGUGCGUGGGGCUAAACGGCAGCGUUGUGGCUGAUGGGGCCAGCGGUGGAGUUAAAGGUGGUGGUGGGUCCGGCGGCAGCAUCUUCGUCUUGGCACAUAAAAUGGCAGGGAAUGGUCGUAUAAGUGCGUCUGGAGGUGAUGGUUAUGCUGGUGGAGGUGGUGGACGUGUAUCUGUCCAUAUAUUCAGCCGCCAUUCUGAGCCUAAAAUCUUUGUCCAUGGAGGUAGUAGUAUUGGUUGUCAAGAAAAUGCUGGAGCUGCUGGGACAUUGUAUGAUGUUAUUUCUGAGAGGUUAACUAUAGACAACGAGAAUAAGACAACAUAUACAGACACUCUUCUCUUGGAGUUCCCUAACCAUCGCCUAUUCACUAAUUUGUAUAUCCAAAAUAUGGCUAAAGUUUCUGUCCCCUUGCGUUGGAGCCGUGUCCAGGUUCAAGGAUCAAUAAGUUUGUCGAAUGGCGGAGAGUUGAACUUUGGUCUUCCUCGUUAUGCUUCUUCGGAAUUUGAGUUAUUUGCAGAGGAACUCUUGAUGAGCAAUUCUGCUAUCAAGGUGUUUGGGGCUUUAAGAAUGAAUGUCAAGGUGUUCUUGAUGUUGAAGUCAAGAAUGUUUAUUGAUGGUGGUGGUGUGACAAUUUUAGGAACUUCAAUUCUCGAAAUUAGUAACUUGCUAGUUCUAAAGGAGUCAUCUAUGAUACAAUCCAAUGGAAACCUUGGAGUACAUGGGCAGGGUCUGUUAAAUCUAACAGGCACAGGAGAUACUAUUGAAGCACAGCGUCUAAUUUUGUCUCUAUUUUAUAGCAUUCAGGUUGGAGCUGGAGCGGUUCUGCGUGGUCCUUUGCAAAAUUCAUCAACUGGUGGCCUUACUCCAAAGCUUUACUGUCAACGUGAAGACUGCCCUGUUGAGCUACUCCACCCUCCGGAAGAUUGCAAUGUUAAUUCAUCUCUUCCGUUCACUCUUCAGAUUUGCCGCGUUGAGGAUAUUACUGUUGAAGGUCUUAUCAAAGGAUCUGUUGUCCAUUUCCAUCUGGCAAGAACUGUAGUUGUCCGCUCUUCUGGAACAAUAACUGCAGAUGGGAUGGGCUGCAAAGGUGGAGUUGGUACAGGUAGGUUUCUGAGAAGCGGUGUUGGGAGUGGUGGUGGACAUGGUGGUAAAGGUGGAAGCGGGUGUUACAAUCAUACUUGCAUUGAGGGUGGAGAUGCUUAUGGAAAUGUAGAUCUACCGUGUGAACUUGGCAGUGGAAGUGGAAAUGAAGAGUCUGAAGAUUCAGUUGCUGGUGGAGGAAUCGUUGUGAUUGGUUCGCUUGAGCAUUCACUUUCAAGCCUAUCACUUGAGGGAUCGAUAACAACUGAUGGUGAGAGUCCCAGGAACACGCUGGGAGGCAUGAGUAAUUAUAGUAUAGGGCCUGGUGGUGGUUCAGGUGGAACAGUACUUUUGUUCUUGCGCACACUUGACAUAGCUAAGUCUGCGAUUCUCUCUAGUGUUGGAGGAAAUGGUAGUCUAAAGGGAGGUGGUGGAGGAAGUGGUGGAAGGAUUCAUUUUCAUUGGUCAGACAUUCCAACUGGUGAUGUCUAUCAUCACAUUGCUAAUGUAGAGGGAAGCGUUUAUGUAAGAGGAGGGUUGGGUGCUAGUGAAGAGAACGUUGGAGAGGACGGAACUUUGACUGGUAAAGCUUAUCCACAAGGCCUCUAUGGUCUAUACUGCGAGGAAUGUCCAGCUGGAACUUAUAAGAAUGUUACAGGAUCUGAUGAAACUCUUUGUCAUCUUUGUCCGGCUACAGAGAUUCCCAAUCGUGCUGUUUAUGUCACUGUCCGAGGUGGUGUUGCGGAAACGCCAUGCCCAUACCAAUGCGUUUCGGAUAGAUACCACAUGCCACAUUGUUACACUACACUUGAAGAGUUAAUAUACACAUUUGGUGGACCCUGGCUGUUUGGCAUUCUUUUAGUAGUUGUGCUCCUUCUACUAGCACUUGUCUUUAGCGUUGCCCGGAUGAAAUUCAUUAGUGGCGAGGAGGUACAUGGAGCUGCCACAACUCAUUAUGGCUCUCAGAUUGAUCACUCAUUUCCAUUUCUAGAGUCAUUAAACGAGGUGAUGGAGACAAGCAGAGUGGAGGAAUCACAGGGACACAUGCAUAGGAUAUAUUUCUUAGGUCCUAAUACUUUCAGUGAACCUUGGCAUCUUUCUCAUACUCCCCCAGAGGAAAUAAAAGAGAUUGUGUAUGAGGCUGCUUUUAAUGGAUUUGUUGAUGAGAUCAAUGCUAUAGCUGCAUACCAAUGGUGGGAAGGUGCAAUAUACAUUGUUCUUUCAGUUCUUGUCUAUCCUCUUGCAUGGUCGUGGCAGCAAUCACGCAGGAGGCUGAAGUUUCAGAAACUCCGUGACUUUGUUCGAUCAGAAUACGACCAUUCUUGUCUAUGUUCAUGUCGGUCUAGAGCUUUAUAUGAGGGGAUAAAGGUAGCUGCUAGUCCUGAUUUGAUGCUAGCUCAUCUGGAUUUCUUCCUUGGCGGCGACGAAAAGAGAAACGAUCUUCCUCCUCCUGUUCAUCAGAGAUUACCAAUGCCUUUAGUUUUUGGAGGAGAUGGGAGUUACAUGGCUUAUUACUCACUCCAGAGUGAUGAGAUUCUCACCAGUCUUAUGAGUCAGUUGGUCUCACCAACCACUUGGUACCGCUUUGUUGCUGGUCUGAACGCUCAGCUACGCCUGGUUCAGCAAGGAAAGCUUAGGUCCACGUUUCGCUCUGUUAUGAGAUGGACUGAGACUCACGGAAACCCUGCCUUGAGAAGACAUGGUGUGCGUGUUGACCUAGCUAGGUUUCAGGCUUCUCCUUCCUCGUCAUGUCAGUAUGGGAUCAUUGUUCACACCAUUGUAGACGAAGUGGCAUCACCAACAGAACAGGAACAUUUCACACAAUCUCUAAAUAGCUCAAUCAUAGACAUUGGUAGCUUACAGUUUCUCAAAGAAGAAAAAGAUGUCCUCUCCCUCAUCUCCUUCUUGAUUCAUAACACGAAACCUGUUGGCCAUCAGGAUCUGGUUGGUUUGGUUAUCUCGGUGCUUCUCCUAGGAGAUGUAACUCUAAUGAUGCUCACGCUGCUUCAGCUCUACUCUAUAUCCAUGCUGGACGUUUUCCUCGCUUUGUUUGUUUUACCUCUCAGCAUCGUUUUCCCGUUCCCUGCUGGAGUCAGCGCUUUGUUUAGCCACGGACCUAGGCGGUCUGCUGAACGCACUCGCGUUUAUGCGUUGUGGAACCUCACAUCCCUGGUCAAUGUUGUUGUUGCGUUUGUGUGUGGAUAUAUUCAUUACCAUGGCUCAUCAUCUGGGAAAAAGAUUCCAUAUCUCCAGCCGUGGAACAUAAGCAUGGACGAGAAUGAAUGGUGGAUAUUCCCCGUAGCUUUGUUCCUAUGCAAAGUGUUGCAGUCCCAGCUUGUAAACUGGCACGUUGCAAACCUCGAGAUACAAGAUUACUCCUUGUACAGUGAUGACUCCGAGCUGUUCUGGCAGUCAUAAACCAUAAUUUUAUCAUACAAAAACACGGUGAAGGGGGAGCUGGUUUUUUUAAAAAGGCGUCUUCUGGUGCAAAAGAUUUUUCAGGUGAAUAUAUAUAUAGCUAACUAUUCGAUUCCCAAGCCAAGAUCCAUCUUGUGUGUGUUUUUUCUACUUUGAUGGAUCUUUAUGGGAUGUAAUGUUUGUUUUGCUGUUUUAAAUGAUGUAUGUCUUCACCUACAAAGAUUGUUUUGGGAGAUUGUGUUAUGAAUUUAUAUGUUGUAAACAGUGGUUUGGUCUUGUUUUACAAAGAAGGAUCAGUGAAUACGAAAUGGAUUGAGUUUAGGUA